UUAAAUGCUACAUCUGAAGACAAUGAAGUUCUUAAGAAUAUAAUGGUUGAUCUUCUUAAACUCCAGUUCAGUUUGGAGGACAACUUACUCCUCAUGAAACAGUUAAACUGUUUUCCAACUGAGAAUGAGAAGAAGGAUGUAAUUGUUAAUGCUGGGCGCCUCCAAAUUGCUUUGAUCAGUUCUGUAAAUCAGCUGGGAUUUCAAUGGAUGAGGCGGUGUCCCCUUUUCACAAGUUUAGAAACAGUUUCAGAAGAGCAAACCAAUUUGAUAUCUGAUCUUCCUUCAUCACACGAGCAAACAGUAUCAUGCCUUGAAAUCAAAAUUGAUGUCGAUGAAAUGGAUGACAUCAUGAAUUCUGGAGAAGACAGAGUUCAUUUUCAAGAAGAAGAUUUAAAAACUCGAUUAAAAGAGACAAAAGUGUUUCCUGAUUUCAAUGAUCUUAAAUCUGACAAUAUCUUCUAUUCAAAAACAAGAGAAGAUUCAUAUAACCCAUCUAGUAAUACAGAAGCUACUGUGAAAGAAGAGGAAGUAGAUUUGAAAGAUUCUGAUAAUUUGGAGUUUUUAGAGACGAACUUUCUAAGGAAAAAAGGGAAAAGAAAAUUUGAAGAAACUAAUGAGCACUUACUGAUUGAAAACAAACCUAAAGCGCACACCAGGAAGAAGAAGUUUCAGUGUGAGUUAUGUAAUCGUACUUUUAAAGGAAAACCAAGCUUAAGAAGACACAAGAGAGAGAUUCACGAGAAGUGCAAAUUUGCUUGUCAUUUAUGCCCUUUCGUGGGAAUAACAGCGGUUAAUUUUAGAAAACAUCAGAGGUUAUCUCAUCCUGAGAACUAUCAGGGUUUGAUUAAAUGUGAUCAAUGCGAUCAAACUGCAAACUCAGAAGGGACUUUGAGAGAACACAUAAAGCUUAAACACAGGGUUGAGAGUCCAUGUACUCAGUGUGAUUUUGUGGGAAAGUCCGAGUUUUAUCUUCAGAGACACAUGAGAAAGUUUCAUUUUGUUGAUGAACCAUGUGAGCAAUGUGACUUUAUAGGAAAGUCGGAAGGAAAGCUAAAGAGUCACAUUAGAAAUUGUCACUCUGGACUCUACUUUUGUGAUCAAUGUGAAUAUGUUGGUAAGACUAAUACUAAUCUAACAAUACAUACUCAGGCACGUCAUGGAAGCAACAAAUUCUUGUGUGAUCAGUGCGAAUAUAUUGGCAAUACUGCACAGUGUUUGCAAAAACAUAUUAAAUUCAAACAUGAAGGUGUUUCAUAUUCAUGUGACGAGUGCAGCUACGUUUGUGCAAGUAUGGCAAAUGUCAGAUUUCAUAAACUAACCCAACAUAAACCACCAUCUCUGUUUUGCAACCAGUGUGAUUAUGCGGCAACAAUUCCUAGACAUUUAAAAGCUCACAUAGAAAGCGCUCAUGAGAAGAUCAGAUAUCCCUGUGAUUUAUGUGAACAUGCAUCAACCUCAAAAAGUAAUCUGCUGCAACAUAAGAGACGUGUUCAUAAAAUCUACCCUCAAAACACUAAGCUGAGUCCGUAGGUGUGUUCUAGACGUAUAAAUGUAACAAACUUAAAUCACCUUGUUUUAGAAUCUUAGUUUACCCAGUAAAACCAGAUCUUAGAUUUAAUACAACUUAAUGGAUCGUAUUGUUAAGCUGUGAUUUUGUAACGUGUUAAAAAUGUUCUUAAGAAUAUGUUGCUAAUUUGUCCUAAUAUUUUGAUGCUCAUCUUAUUCUUGUGAACGUAUAUCUUGCUUAAAGCUGCCAUAACAAAAACAAAUUUCAGAAUCAAUUUAUCUUCCAAAAUGGAGCUUCCGUUUGAAAACCUUGACAAGGAAAUGUUGGUUACUCAGAGAAACAAAUUGAUCAAAUAUAAUCAGGACAUGAAGGCAGAAUCUCAAGAAAAGCAAGUUCUCAAAACAAUAAUGUCUGAUCUUCUUAAACUUCAGUUUAGUCUGGAAGACAACCUGCUUCUAAUUAAACAGCUGAAAUGUUUCAAGGCGGAAGACGAUCAGAAGAAUUCAAUUGUGAUUACUGCGCGGCAACAAAUAGACACCAUUAGCACUGUAAACCAGUUGGGAAACACGUGGUUAAAUCACGUUGCCAACACUGACAACCGAGGAGAAGUUAAAAGUGAAGACAAUUCUGAACAAGACAAAUUUAUAAUGUUGGUAGAUGUAAAAAUGGAUCUAGAUGAAAUUGAUAUGUCAACGGAAGAUGAAGAUCGGCUGAAUGAUAAUUCUGGUGAAAAUGAAAUCCAAGAUAAGGAAUUGUUACUAGAUGAUACUGUUGUAUUAAACGAAGCGAAAGAUAAUAUUAAAGAAGAUGAUUCUCUGGAAUUAAAGUGUAAGAAGAUGAAUAAAUGUGAUCAAAGAGAAUUCUUCUCCUCUUCAGUCCUGGAGUUGGAUAAACACGAAGCCAGGAAACACAAACCAGGAAUAGCUUUGGAAGAGAAUAAAGAUGACCUUUUUUGUGAGAGUUGUGGUUAUGUUGGAGUUAGUCUUAAUUCUCUGAUAAAUCACAAAUGGCGAUUACACAACAACAAUCCCUUUCCUUGUGAUUUAUGCAAACGUUCUUAUAAAACCAAGUUUAAGCUGGAGAGACAUCAAAAGAAAACCCACAAAGUCUCGCGUCCCGAUUCAUCCAACCCCAGCCUAACUAAAUGUGAUGAUUGCGAUUUCUUUGCUCAAACAAUUCAAGAAAUGAAUAAACACAUAGAAGUUUAUCAUUUGAAGAGAUGUGAAAAAUGUGAAGUUUCUGUGAAAACAGAAGCACAACUGAAGAAUCACAUUAACAGAUGCCACAUGGAAAUUGAAUUUCCUUGUGACAAGUGCAAUUAUGUUGGCAAGAAUAAAGUGAAUUUAGUUGCACAUAAAAAGGGCAAACAUGGUAAUAAGACAAUAAUGUGCGACAAGUGUGAUUACAGUUGUAAUUUAAAACAACUCCUGAUAAGACAUAUUGAAUUUAAGCACGAAGGAAUAACGUAUCCAUGUGAUGAAUGUGAUUAUGUUGGACCAAGAUCAACAAGUGUGGCACAACACAAAGAAACCCGACACAAACGUCCACAAUAUCUUUGCGACCAGUGUGAUUAUGCGGCAACAUUACCAACAUUUUUAAAAGCACACAUCGAAAGCACGCAUGAGAAGAUUAGGUAUCCCUGUAGCUUAUGUGAUCAUGCGUCAACCUCGAAAAGUAAUCUUCGUCAGCACAUUAGACGUGUUCACAAAGUGAACCCCGAAUAAAGUCUUUAGAAUUCCGGCCCCUAAAUACUCUUAACGCUAAUCAAAAUCUCAUUUUUUGUAUCUCUGAGAAGGCUGUUUUAACCACCUUAAAAAUUGCAUAUUUUGUUAUUUAAAAUUUACAAGUUGCUUAAUUGCAAUUUUAGUUGUCAGGUAACGGAGAAAAUAUUAAAAAUGCUAUUUUUCA